AUGGCUGACACAAUUUUUGGCAGUGGGAUGGGCCAGUGGGUGUGCCCCAAUGACCGGCAGCUGGCACUGCGAGCCAAGCUCCAGACAGGCUGGUCGGUGCACACGUUCCAGACUGAGAAGCAGAGGAAGAUGCAGGCGCUGAGCCCGCAGGAACUUGAGGUCAUUCUGGAAGUCAUCCGCAAGGCGGAGAAAUUGGACAUCAUUGAGCAGCAGCGCAUUGGGCGCCUGGUGGAGCGGCUGGAGAACAUGAGAAAGAACGUGAUGGGGAACGGCCUCUCCCAGUGCCUGCUCUGCGGGGAACUGCUGGGGCUGCUGGGGAGCACCUCUGUCUUCUGUCAGGAUUGCAAAAAGAAAGUUUGCACCAAGUGUGGAAUAGAAACCAUUGGAACCCAGAAGCGUCCUCUUUGGUUGUGCAAGAUUUGCAGUGAACAGAGAGAGGUUUGGAAGAGGUCUGGUGCGUGGUUCUACAAGGGGCUGCCCAAGUACAUCACGCCUUCGAAGAGCAGCAGCAAAUCCAGUGAGCUGCCCUCACAGCCUUGGCAAAGCGAACCAGCUGUGCCGGAGGCAGAGGGUGUUGGGACCAGCAGAUCCUUCACCUGGGCCAGGGGAAAAGUGGUUUCUAGUGACAGUGAGAGCGACUCGGAGUUCAGUUCCUCCAGCCUGGAUGACAAGGCUUUACCUGUGGGGUCAAAAGGCUCACGAGGCAGAAAGCACAGCACAGGACUGGCACCCAGCGGGGAAGCCACCCAGGCCCUGGGCAGGGCGCUGGGGAGCACCCACUCUCCUGGCCUCUUGGGGAGCCACAGCAGCCUGGGCAGCGAGCAGGGGGCUGCCCUCAGCGCCACAGAGAGCUGCCAGAGCGACCACCCGGCCGACGGGCGCGACAGUGACGCUGGCAGCAGUGUCCCUGGCAAACGGCGCAUCCACACCAGAACGCGAUGCUGA